AUGUUCGACUGGACGCUGGACAGGGUUUUAAGAUGCAUGGCACAUUUGAUGCAUGAAGAUGUGAGUUUUAUUUUUGCUGAAACAAACUAGUCAGUUAUCUUUCAGGAUCUUCCGCAAGUACCAAUGUUUCUUGUUGAAAAAUAUCGAGAGCCGUCAAUUUUGGAAAAACCGAGAAUGAAAAAACUGCUGAAACUGAUUUAUGAUGAAACACCAAAACUAAGAGAGCGUUUCGAAUCAGUUGAAGAAUUUGAAAAAGAUCUUGAAAGCAUUCAUCAGGUCGCCGAAGUUCUUUCAAUUAAUGCUGAAGAUAGCGAUGUUUGGAAACGCAGUUCGUUCCAAGCUGUUGUUCCUUCAAUAUUCUUGGAUAGAAGAAAAAACGAGUACAUUUCAAAAUUGGGCAUAUUCAAUUUGUAUUUUGAUUUUCUUGUGUGCUCAGCUACAACUUCACUUGGUGGAUCAUUUAUAGAAGCAUGGCUUAUCAGUAAAUUCAAUCAACAAAGAAUAAUAUACGAAGUGGUUCCAUAUUCCGCGUGGAUAUCUAUUCGAACUGCUUUAAUGGAAGAGAUUGUUGAUGAUGAUGAUUUUCCUGAUUUUGUGAGCAGACAAGAUUUUGUGUCACUUCGUAAAUAUUAUACUGAUUUUCCCAAUGUUUUCGAUAAUUUGAUGCGAACUGGUAUUGAUAAAAUGCUCAAUGUAAGCUUAUCAACUGAAAAAUUAUCUAAAAUAUUAUAAUUUUUAUUUCAGGCUGUACCAUUGGCUUGUCAACAGAUUUACCACGAAACGCUUUUUGAUAUCUAUAGACUCCUAGAAGUCGGUGAUAGGAUUUACAAUAAAUUUUCCGAAGCUCUAAAACCAUUUUCCUCCUGUUCUACUUCGAUAUAUCGAAUUCCUAUUUUCCGUCUCUUCGUGGUUGUUGUCAACAACACUGCUCACUCGGAAAAGUUUUUAUUUGCAAAGGAACUGAAAAACGCAUUGGAAUUAAUUUUGAAGCGAGAAAUAACAGAAGUCAUUGUUGAAACCGAAACAGAUCGAAAGAAUGGAAUCGUGAGAUUGAUAACUUGGCAAAAUGCAAGAAAAAUAAUCGAUUCGCUAGGUGUCAAGGGUUCCGAUUAUACGGUAAUUUGAAUUGUAUUUUCAAAUCGAUCCAUGUCAAUUUUUUCAGAUGCUCCCGAUGCACGCUGAAAAAACAUCAAAUAUUGUGAGUGUUCCACUUGUUUCCACUUAUGGAACACAUUGCAAACCAUCCGGUGAUGUUUGGAAGGAAAUUAUCCAAUAUUUGACAAAUACUAUGAAACUAUUUCAAUGUUGCGAAAAAUCUGAUUUACCGAAGAUUUUGAAUUGGAUCAAUGUUAAUUUCAACGAGAUUAUGUUUCCGGCAAAUUCGUGGUAUGCUGUAGAACUUUGGAAAGUCCGAGCAUUUAUGAAUAAAGCAGAACAUGAACUGCGAAAAUAUAAAACUAUUAGGAAAGUUUGCCAAGUUCCACCAACUACUGCCAUUUCGUACACCAAAAAUGAAACUUUCGAAUAUGUGACAAAAUUGAUGAAACCAAUGGAACUGACAGUUGAACUGUUUGAACAUUCCUAUAAAAUGCAUAUGGCAAAAGGAACUCAAAAAAUUUCGAUGAAUAAUAUUUAUUGGAUUUAUAGCUCAUGUGUUGAAAAUCAACUCUAUAAUAUAUGUGAAAAUGUGAGUUUAUUAAAUGUUAUUCUAUGAAUAUUUUUCAAAUUUUGAACUUUUCAGAUAAAAACGGCUACAAAUAAUCAAUAUAUUCAUCGAAAUAUUCUUGAAACAUUUGAAAAAAUCGCAACUGGUGAGAUUGUAGUCCAAAAACCUCCGAAUAUGGAUGUCAAAGAAGUUUCGAAUUCACAAGAAAAUACGAUUCAAAAGAAAUCUGUUGAGGAAGGAGAGAAGAAAGAGCAUGAAGCAGUGAAACCAUCUGAAAAAAUGGAUGAAGCUCAAUUUUUGAAAAAAAUAUGUGAACUUGAAAACGAUCUUCGAAAAUCGAGAGAAGAGAAGAAUGAGUGAGAUUUCUAAUUAUAAAACUGAAAUUUAAUUCAUAAAAUAUAUUUUUUUCAGAAUGGAAAUGAAGCUGAAAACGGAAAUUGCAGAAAAUUUGAAAAUUUCCGAAAACUUGGAAAUUUCGAAAAAGGAGUUGAAACAAGUUCGAAAGGAAUUAAAAUGUACGCGAGAAAUAUCUUCAAAAAAUGAAAAAGAAAUUCAAAAAAUGAAAGAAGAUCAAGAGAAUGAAAAGAAAAAUUAUGAAAAAACAAUGGAAUCUAAAAAUGAAGAAAGCAUCAAAUAUUUCGUGAAACUGCAAAAAUCUGUGAAAAACUCGGAAGUUUUAAAUUUGCGAAUAAAAAGUUUGGAAGACGAUUUGAGACUUGCUGAAACUUCAAAAACUGAUAUCGAAAAACGAUUUGAGACUGAUCUGAUUCAAGCUGAAAAUUUGAAGAAAAAUUUGGAAAUUGUAAACCAAGAUUUGAAAAAUCGAUUAGUAUCAUUAGAAGAGAAACUUGCUGAAAAGUCAACAACAAAUAUCGAAAAUCGAUUAAACACUGAAUUGGUUGAAAUCGAAAAUUCCAAGAAAAAUUUGGAAGAUAUAAAUGAAGAUUUGAAAAAACAAUUGGUAUCAUCAGAAGAGAAAAAUGGAAGAAUUGAAGAAGAAAAUAGAAAACUUCGUGAAAAGUUCGUUCAACUUGAAAAAUGGUUUGAAAAUGGAGCUGCGAAAAUGAGCAGAAUUUCAAAAAAUCAAGAAACAUUGAGGAAAUAUGAAAAUAUUUUGAAAAUUGAUUAUAGAAAAAUGAUUGAUUCAAUGAGUGCGAAAUUGACGGAACUUAUUCAAAAAUUCCCAGCGAAUUUUGAAUUUCGUAAAGCGAAAAAUGAAGUCGAGUUUUUUGAAGAAAAUUAUGAGAGUUAUAUGGAAAAUAUUCGAAAAGAAAUGGAAAAAAUUGAAACGAAUCCAGCAGGAAAUUUUGAAGAAGGAGAACAAGAGAUUGAAUAA